CUAAAUUUAGUGUUUGGGUUGGAGAUGCCCUUGAAUAUGUUAUUGUUGUAUAGAAAAUAGAAAAAAUGGUUAACGUUACUGUUGAGGGUUGAGUCAUAAGUAUCCCGUUUCAACCCUAACUUUACCUAAAAACUCAUCCCUUUUUAUUUUCCCUCCUCUGUUUUCCAUUACAAAACAUUCAUGGGAAAAUACUUGAGAAAAAGUGGCCAUGUUAUGGAGUCUUCUUCUCUUGGUGUUCGUACUAGAUCGACAACCCUAGCACUUCAACGUCUUCAGUCUUCUUCUUCUUCAACUCCACCACCCUCACUCUCCUCUGCUUCUGAUUCUUGUUACCUUCAACUUCGUUCCCGCCGCCUUCACAAACCACCCACCCCCAUUCCCUACCCUAACUCACACCCACACUCUGCUUCUGUUGGGUCUGUUGAUGAAAUCUCAUUUCCUGACAAUAAUCUUCAUUUCCAACACACACAUAGGGAAACGCCCUUUGAGCACUUUUGGUGUUGGUGUUGCAUUCGUGGAAGCACUAGAGAAAGCACACCUUGCAGUCUGGUGAGGGAGGUGGACGAAAUGGUCAACCCUGGUUCUGCGACAAGGGGAACAGAGUUAAACACAACAACUCAAAGAACAAGGAACUUUAUCCUUAGAAAUAUCCCUUCAGCUCAUGAAAUCGAGGAGUUUUUCACCUUUGCUGAGCAGCAACAACAACGCCUUUUUAUGGAGAAGUACAACUUUGAUGUGGUAAAUGAUGUACCGCUUUCUGGCCGUUAUGAAUGGAUUAGGGUGAAGCACUAAGCUGGUGGGGCUGAUGAAAUUGCUGGAUAUUUGAUGUUCUCUCCCAUAACUAAACUAUUGUAUAAAUAGGUGGUGUAGUUUUAGUUAUCUGUUAGAUAGCAGGAUUACACACACAACUAACAAUUUGGAAGGUAGAAUAGGCAUAAAUUGUGGAUUAGGCUUCGACUGUCUUUGUAACUUGCAAGGUGACAUAGCCAAUGUCUUGUGUACUUGUCUUCCUUUUUUUUUUUUUAUUCUCAGUAAUCAAUUUAGGUUUUGUAGCUCUCUUUUUAUCUCCACUUGAUGAUAGUACACUGUGACAUCAAAAAGUUUGUGGUGUACUUUUUCCCUACAGGCAAGUUGUUGAUUCUAUGGAUAUAAAAAUCUGGCCCUUUACUUCCCAA